CUGGAAACCAAACAGUCCCACUGAUGAGCGGCGAGCUGAAAUUGUGGAAAGGAUUUCAAGCAAACUGCUACGGUUUAACUACCGUGAAGCCAUCCUAAGUGCAACGAUGCCACCUACAAGACAAAAAGUGCAACAAGCAGUGCAGGCAGUAAGGGGAAAGGUAAAGGCAAAAAGACUCAGUCACCUGCACACAUGGAAAAGCCUGGUCAUCCUGAAGAUAUCUUCCCCAUGGUCCUGACAUCAGCCACCCAGGAGCACUUUGGUUGCCGCACAGACAAGGACGUCACAAUAGAGAGCCCUUACAAGCUGCUGAAAAAAGACGACAUCAUACAGGACAUUAAGACAAGAGCUGCAGUGUCCGAUUUCAGGCCUGUGAAGCAGAUUGUGCUGGACUACCCAGAGGAUGAGAUCUUACUGGUUUUUGACAGGGACUUCACCUAUGAUCAGAGCUUCUACCUGGUUCUGACACCAGAAGCUAAGGACAGAAUCCUCAACCCCCCAGAGCCUGAGACACCAGAGGUGUUUCAGAAUGAAGUCAAUAAAAUCCCAGCACCAAGGCAAUGGAUAUCUCUUGGUAGUGAGCAGGAAAUAGAAGAAGAAUCUAUCAAAGAGACCAGAGAAAAGUUGUUGUACAAGUUCACCAGAGUGCGGAGGAAGUUUGGAUUACCAGUCUGUUUUUCCGACCGCAACGCUGCAGAUGCCAAGGAUGCCUACCUAGAGUGUGCUUCCUAUCAAGACAGCAGAUUCAGCAUCAAGAAGAUGCAGAGGGACUGCGGGGUUCAGUCUGUUCCCAGACUGCAGAGCAGCAGUGCUCAGACACAGUGGAAGUUUCAGAAGAAUGUCUUUACCCAGUACGUGCCAAGAGAGUUAAGUGAUGAAGAAAAAGAGAACAACCUCCAGUCUGAGAACCUGAAGAAUUUUUGCAACUCAGUGACCCCCAGGGUUUUGCAAGUCCUUCAGCAAGAAGAGAUCAUGAAUGUGUUCAUUGAUGACUGGAAAGCUCUGGGCACAGCAGCUGAAGACGGUGACUGGUCUGGGAAGGUUUCCGAAGGUUUGAUACUUUAUCAGGCCUUCACAGACCAGAAGUACACCAAGGACAAGAAAAUCAGCAGCAUUAAUUGGCACCCUACCAUCUACGGUUUGAUCGCUGUGGCUUUGGCAGAGAAGAAGAAUGAGCAGUUGAACGAGUCCAAAACGUUUGUCGUCAGACCAUCUCUCAUUCUCUUCUAUAGCUUCUCCAACCCCUCUAAUCCACAGUUGCUUCUGGAGUGCCCAGAUGACAUUUUUGCCUUUGAGUUCUGCCCCUCUGAUCCAAAUAUUAUUGUUGGCGGCUGCAUAAAUGGCCAGGUUGUGUUAUGGGACAUUUCUGCUCACGUUACGCACUUACAAGGAACACAGCCAACUGGUAAAAAGGUCUCUGUCAACACUGACACAUUCGACCUCGAGAACAACAAAGAGAAUAAGACUCCCGUUGUGUGCUACUGUGCAGUGUCUGCCUUAGACAGCAGCCACAAAGCACCAAUUACUGAUGUCCAGUGGCUGCCACCAACAUUUGAGGUGACCAGGACUGGCUUACCAGUGGAGAACAAGUAUAACAUUUCUGUUCAGGUCGUCACCUGCUCCCCUGACUUUGCUCUAAUGUUCUGGGAUGUGCGAGGAUCAAAACUGUUGAGCCAGUCAAUGUCAGACAUGAAGCCAAAUGUGGAUCAGAAGACCCAGUUGACACUCUCCACUGUCCCUGACACUUUCAAACACCUGGACCGGAUAUGGAAACCCCUUUUCAGGGUUUCCCUGCCAAAGAUCGAUACCAGUGGAGAAUGCGCUCCUUUGAAGUUCAGCCUGGAACACUAUACCUCUAAUGGUAAUAAUAUAAGUAGUACCACAGAGGAAGCUAAUGAAAAUGAUGAUAGCUUAAUGGUCAUCCCGGACUACAGCCAGCUCAGAGCGCUCUCAGCUAGAACACUCAGACCUCUGGACGAUGUCAAUACCAAGCUCUAUAUUGGAACAGAGAAUGGAGAGAUUGUUUACACUGACUGGAAACUGGAGAAGGACGACUCAGGACGGCUGCACAGUGCCAAGCCCCUCCACUGUUUUAGCAUCCAUCACUGGUUGGUGAAUACGGUACAGCGGUCACCCUUCUUCAAAGACAUUAUUUUGACAACAGGAGGCUGGAGCUUCGCCAUCUGGAAGGAGGGCGUCAUGGACGGUCCCAUCAUUCAGUCAGCAAGCUCUGAGCAUGUGUGCACUGUGGGAUGCUGGUCUCUGUCCCGACCAGCUGUUUUCUUCAUUGGGAAAGAGGAUGGCAGCAUUGAUGUGUGGAACCUGCUGGAAAAGACCAGUGAACCUGUACGGGUACACGCACACAUUACCAACGCCAAGAUUACGUGCAUCAAACCCUGGACCGCCUCAUCCAAGCAACACUUCCUGGCUGUGACCGAUGACCUUGGGAUGGUCCGUGUUUUUGAACUCCCAAAGACACUCUACGUUCCCUCCAGGAGUGAGAGUUUGAGUGUGAAGAAAUACUUUGAGCUGGAGGAAGACAGGUUGAAGGAUUUUCUGAAGAGGGAGGAACUGUGGGCAAAACAGAAGAAGGAAGCUGAAGAACAAAAAAAGAAGACGGAGCCCGAGAAGCCAGUCAAAUUCCUGCAGGAGAAUGAAGAAGCGAACAUGAAGGAAUACAGUGAUUACCUGAUGCUAGAGGAAAGCAUCCUGAAGGGCCUGGGCCUAUUGGCAGCUACUGCCAACACACAAGAUACCUGAUAUCACACUUGCACACAUACACGCACAAAUUGCAUUUCAUAUAAAAGACAUAAAACUGGUUUUCAUCAUAAUUUUUUAUACAUUUGAUUGACUGUUUUUAUAAAUGUGUAAAGGUU